AUGUCAUAUUUUGACUCAAUCAAACAUAAAGCAUCAAGAAGACUUUUACUAAUUGUGGGAAUCUCAGUCUCCUUAAUCAUAACAAUAGUCAUUUGUCUUCAUUCAACAUCAGUUAUUUUCCCAUAUAAAUCUGAAUCCUCUUCAAAUGACCCUUCCAGCAGUAGUACCUCUUCUUCUUCUUCUUUCUCCCCCUUUUCUUCAAAAAAAUCCUUAAAAUCCCCAGCAAACACUACCCUCGGAUUUCACAAGUUUUUUUAUAUCAACCUCGAUACUCGUUACGAUCUUGAUGAUAUCAUCCAACUCCAAUCAGAUGUUGCUGGAAUCACUCCUGACCUUUGGCCUGCAAUGAAAGUCUCAGAUCUCACACUCAAAGGCCUUCCACCAAGUGCAGGCGAAUGGCCAAAGGAACCAAGUGGAAUGCUUGCAUGUCUACGAUCACACGCAAAUAUUUGGCGCCAAAUGCUUAAAGAAAAAUGGGGAUCUGUUCUCAUUCUUGAGGCAGAUUCUGCCUGGGACGUUAAUGUCCGCCAAAUGAUGGCCAAUUUCGCAGACGCUUUACAAGAUGCUUUACCUGCAUUUAGUGCAAUGAAUAUCACAAACUCAAAAGCUGCCCCCCAUGGAAACCCCAAAGACUAUGUUGCCACUGAAAAUGAUCCUUAUAUGGCCCAGCACUGGGAUAUUUUACAAUUCGGUGGGUGCUUUGAAAAAAAGGAAAGAGCAAAAUAUAAGCAUGUCUAUUAUGACCCAACUGCUCACAGAAAACCUAUCCCUUACGCCGAUGGAUCAGAACUUGGACCUCACGAGCGAGCAAUUCGUUGGCAAAAUGAACUCAUGUGUACUACUGCAUAUGCAAUCACUCCCACAGGUGCUCGGAAAUUACUUUUGCGUAUGUCACUACAACUCAAUACUCCUGUUGAUGGAUUAAUUUCUGAGUUAGUACGUGAAGACAAAUUACGAGCUUAUUCUACAACUCCCAAUGUUUUUAUUCAAUGGCAAUAUCGUGAUGGAUUAGGUUCGAAUAAUAAAAAUAGUGAUAUUUCCAAAUUUAAGCCAGGAGAUGAUGCAUCUCAAGAAGCUCGAAAUAAAAUGUGGGCCUUGGCUCGUAAGGAAAUGAAGAUUUGGCAAUACAAUGGUUUAUUUUCAACGUCUGGGUUUUUACAUCCAGCUCUUGGAGGACAAGCAGAACAACUUUAUGGUAUCGUACCAUCAUGA